AUGAUUAUGAAUUUCCCGGAAGGAAAUACAACAAACAAACUCCACCGACUUUUAUCAGAACACUAUCUUACUAUAAUGGACUACCCUCGGGACUAUGAAGGUCGCCCUGUGUUGACAAUAGAGGUGAUCCACCAUUUUCUUAAAUCAAGUGAAAGCUGGCUCUCACUUGGACAAGAAAAAGUUAUUCUAAUGCAUAGUGAACUUGGUGGUUGGCCUGUGUUGUCUUUCAUGUUGGCUGCUCUUUUACUUGACAGAAAACAUUUCACAUCUGAAAGUAGGGCCCUUGAGAUGGUUCUGAAACAGGCCCCAUCUGAGAAGUUACCUCUGAUGACAAGUUUGGAUCCUACAGCUUCUCAGUUGAGGUACUUACAGUAUGUGUCAAAGAGGAAUGCUGAUGAACAACAUUGGCCUCCACCAGACAAAGCACUUAAAAUAGAUUGUGUGAUACUCAGAAUGAUUCCUGAUUUUGAUGGAAAAGGAGGUUGUUGCCCUGUAUUUAGAAUUUAUGGAUGCGAUCCGUUGCUACAAAUUGAUAAAACCUGUAAACUUUUAUUCUCUACCCCAAGGAGGAGUAAGAAUGUCCGGUCUUACAAUCAGGCAGAAAAUGAGCUCGUUAAAAUUGAUAUUAAUUGCCAUAUUCAAGGUGACAUUGUGUUGGAGUGUAUUAACUUAACUGAUGAUCUGGUGAAUGAGACGAUUAUGUAUCGUACCAUGUUCAACACUGCAUUCCUCAAAUCAAAUACUUUGAUGCUGAAUCGUGAGGAAGUCGAUAUCUCUUGGGAUAAAAAGGAUCAAUUUCCAAAGGACUUCAAAGCUGAGCUUCUCUUCUCCGAAAUGGACGCUGAAGCUUCUAAGGUCCCAGUAGAUAUGUCUCGUUUUGAAGAAGCGGGGGUCCCGGUAGAAGCAUUUGGUAAUGUUCAAGAAAUGUUUAGCAGUGUGGAUUGGCAUGUUCCUCCACCACCUUCUCCUCGUGGUGGUGGAGAAGGACUACAACCACUUAAACCACCAAAACCACAAGCACCAGCACCAGCACCAACACCACCACCACCACAUAAAUCAGGUCCUUCACCACCAUCAGCACCACCCCCACCCAAAGCUAACCCAGCGCCACCACCACCACCACAUAAAUCAGUUCCACCAUCACCGCCUACUCCAUUUAAUAGAAUCAAAGAAGCGGGUGCAGGUCCACCACCUCCACCACCAGCUUCAAAAGGAGGCGGUGUAACUGCUCCAUCUCCACCACCUCCUAUAAAUAAACCGUGUGUUUUAUCAAUAACAUCUGCAGUGAAAGCUCAACCAGCAAAAAAGCUGAAGCCUUUACAUUGGUCAAAAAUAAAUAGAGUAGGACAAGGAAGCUUGUGGGCUGAAGCAGAAAAAUCUGGUGAAGCUGCAAGGGCACCAGAGAUUGAUAUGUCAGAACUUGAAACACUCUUGUUAGCAUCAAAUCCGAAUUCUGACAAGGCAUCAAAAGCAAAAUCCAAAGCAUCUAGUGAACCCGAAAAAGUACAACUGAUUGAGCAUAGCCGGGCAUCUUACUGUGAACUCAUGCUUUCAAAGGUGAAGAUACCAUUGCCUGAUUUGAUGGAGCAUGUCCUUAAUCUGGAUGAAUUAGCAAUGGAUGUCGAUCAGGUGGAUAAGCUUAUAAAGCUCUGUCCUACAAAGGAGGAGAUGGAACUACUUAAGGGCUAUAAAGGAGAACCUGAAAUGUUGGGCAAAUGUGAACAGUUCUUCUUAGAGCUAAUGAAAGUUCCAUGUUCGGAAGCAAAACUCGUAGUUUUUUCAUAUAAGAUACAAUUUAGAGAACAGGUUUCAGAACUUAGGGAUAGCCUAAACAUUUUAUAUUUAUCAGUAGAACAGCUUAUUAGUUCUUUAAAGUUGAGGAGAGUCAUACAGACAAUUCUUUCUCUUGUGAAUGCUUUCAACCAAGGAACUACAAGAGGUGCUGCGGUUGGGUUCAGAUUGGGCAGCCUCUUAAAACUUAAUGAAACAUGUGCCAAGAGCAGUAAAAUGACUCUCAUGCAUUAUCUUUGUAAGGUGCUUGCAGACAAACUACCUGAACUCCUAGACUUUUCCAAGGAACUUGGCAGCUUGGAGCAUGCAUCAAAGAUACAGAUAAAAAUCAUGGCAGAAGAGAUGCAAAUGAUUGAAAUAGGAUUAGGGAAAAUAGUCCAAGAAAAGAAAUUGUGUAAAAAAGAUGGACAUAUGUUUAAACCUUAUCGGAAGUCUCUGAAAAAGUUUCUUGCUUCUGCGGAACCUGAAGUGAAGAGCCUGGCUUCACAUUUCUCAAAGUUGAGUAAAAGUGUGGAUGCUUUAGUUAUUUACUUUGGAGAAGACCCUAAAGAAUGCCUGUAUGAAACAGUUGUUGAAACUUUGCUUAAGUUUGUGAAAAUGUUUAAUCAAGCCCAUGCUGAAAACUGCAAGCAAAUAGAGGCGGAGAAGAUUGCAGAAAAGAAGGCGGCACAGAAAGCAGCCGAACAAAAAAGAUUAGAGGCAGAUGAAAAAAGAAAGUCAAAAGUACAAAAUAAUUCAAAAAUGGAAAGCAGCUUUCUUGUUGCAGCUGCUAGUGUGUGUGUUCCAUCCUUCUUUGAUGAAAAAAAUGGUAAUGAUCUGUUGAUUGAUGAAGAAGAAGGGUUCGCAUGGUGA